UGGUGGCAGCAGCAGCGUCGAGCCGAGCGACGCCGUUCACCGGUUCACAUUCUUCGGUCGUCCUCGGUCGAAGGAAGUACGCGUUCUUUGUUCGUGUUUGCGUUACGUUCGUUUACGAUCGACGCGCAUCUGCGAGCCCUGCUGUCGUUUUCGGUGAAAAUCAGUGAGAUCAGGAUGUGGCGUGAACCUCCAGGAGGGGGGUGUAAAACACCUACCUACAUCUUCGCUAUGAUUCUACUGGCUCUACUGGCAUUGACGAAUGUUGCUACCGCUGAGGAUGAAUCUAUGGGACCCGUUUUCGUUAAGGAACCACCAAACAGAGUUGACUUUUCGAAUGGAACUGGAGCUGUCGUUGAAUGCCAGGCUAGAGGAAAUCCCCAACCGGACAUUAUCUGGGUUCGUGGCGAUGGUACUGCUGUUGGAGACGUUCCUGGAUUGAGACAGGUCCUACCGAAUGGAAAUUUGGUCUUCCCUCCUUUCCGUGCCGAGGAUUAUCGUCAAGAGGUUCAUGCUCAGGUUUACAGCUGUCUCGCACGUUCCCCAGCCGGUUCAGUUCACAGCCGAGAUGUUAAUGUAAGAGCCGUGGUCGGGCAGUACUUUGAAGUUCAGGUUUACGACCAGUUCGCGAUACGUGGCAACGCGGCCAUUUUCAAAUGUCAAGUUCCCUCCUUCGUAGCAGACCACGUGGAUGUUGUAGGUUGGAUCGACUCGAAUGGCGGAAGUUACGUUGCCGACGACCAGUCAUACGUUGUCGGGCAGCGGUAUGCAGUGAACGUGAUGGACGAACACGUCCUACGGGGGAACGCUGCUAUUAUCAAGUGUCACAUACCGAGCUUCGUCGCCGAAUUCGUGGAAGUCGACUCUUGGAUCGAAGACAAUACCACUGACAUUUAUCCUAGCCCCGAUUAUGAUGGAAAAUACUUGGUUUUGCCCUCUGGAGAAUUGCACAUUAGAGAUGUUGGACCCGAAGACGGAUACAAGACCUAUCAAUGCCGCACGAAACACAGACUCACCGGAGAAACAAGAUUAUCUGCUACUAAGGGACGUCUCGUCAUUACCGAACCGGUGGCAACGAGGAAGCCAAAAUUCUCGAGCGACUCUAAGAUAGUAGGCUGGUAUGAUCGGGCAGCAGGUCAAGAUCUCACCUUGUUGUGUCCUGCCCAGGGGUUCCCAGUUCCAACUUAUAGAUGGUACAAGUUCAUCGAAGGUUCUUCUCGUCGUCAACCUGUUCAGCUAAAUGAUCGCGUUCGUCAGGUCAGCGGUACUUUGAUCAUUCGUGAGGCUCGUGUUGAAGAUUCCGGCAAAUAUCUUUGCAUCGUUAACAAUUCCGUUGGUGGUGAAAGCGUGGAAACUGUUUUGACCGUCACUGCACCCCUUGCCGCUGAAAUCGAACCUAGCACCCAGACAGUUGAUUUUGGAAGACCAGCUACUUUCACUUGCAACGUUAGAGGCAAUCCGAUUAAGACGAUCUCGUGGUUGAAAGAUGGUAAGCCGCUUGGACUCGAAGAACCAGUACUUAGGAUCGAAAGUGUUAAGAAGGAAGACAAGGGAAUGUAUCAAUGCUUCGUUAGAAAUGAUCAGGAAAGUGCUCAAGCUACCGCUGAAUUGAAACUUGGAGGAAGAUUCGAACCACCACAGAUCCGUCAGGCUUUCACCGAGGAGACUCUUCAACCCGGACCCAGCAUGUUCUUGAAGUGUGUUGCCAGCGGAAAUCCUACACCUGAAAUUACUUGGGAACUCGAUGGAAAACGGUUAUCUAAUACGGAAAGAGGACAAGUAGGACAAUACGUUACGGUCAACGGUGAUGUCGUCUCUCAUUUGAACAUCUCUAGCAUUCAUACCAACGAUGGAGGUCUUUACAAGUGUAUUGCUGCAUCAAAGGUUGGCUCUGCUGAACACUCUGCUCGUCUCAACGUUUACGGCUUACCCUUCAUUCGUCAUAUGGACAAGAAAGCUAUCGUCGCUGGUGAAACUCUACGUGUUACUUGCCCCGUUGCUGGUUAUCCUAUUGAAAGCAUUGUCUGGGAACGCGAUACCAGGGUACUUCCGAUCAACAGAAAACAAAAGGUCUUCCCGAAUGGCACUCUCAUCAUUGAAAACGUCGAACGAAUGAGCGAUCAGGCUACGUACACGUGUGUUGCCAGAAAUGCACAAGGAUACAGCGCACGAGGAACAUUGGAAGUUCAAGUUAUGGUGGCACCACAGAUCGGGCCCUUCUCGUUCGGUGACGAAGCCGCAAACGCGGGAGAAAUGGCGACCGUUCAGUGUGCCGUAAUAAAAGGCGAUCUGCCUGUUGACAUCGUUUGGUCGCUGAACGGUCAGCCGGUCGACGUUACGGACGCGCAGACCAAUCAGAAUUAUGAUCGUCAGGAUAUUAUCGUGAGCAGGAGCAACAAACGAGCCAGCACUUUGACGAUCGAUUCGGUCGCUGCAAGACACGCGGGCGAAUAUUCGUGUACGGCGAGCAACGCAGCCGGAUCCGCCACGCACUCCUCGGUACUUUCAGUUAACGUGCCACCUCGUUGGAUUCUGGAACCUACCGAUAAAGCUUUCGCACAAGGCUCUGAUGCACGCGUUGAAUGUAAAGCCGAUGGUUUCCCGAAACCCCAGAUCACAUGGAAGAGAGCUGCUGGAGACACCCCUGGCGAUUAUACUGACUUGAAACUGAGCAAUCCUGACAUUAGUGUUGAAGAUGGAACCCUCUCGAUCAAUAACAUUCAGAAGACCAAUGAAGGCUAUUAUCUUUGCGAAGCUGUUAAUGGUAUUGGAGCUGGACUUUCUGCUGUCAUCCUUAUCUCUGUUCAAGCACCUCCUCACUUUGAGAUCAAGCUCAGAAAUCAAACCGCACGACGUGGUGAACCAGCUGUAUUACAAUGCGAAGCACAAGGCGAGAAACCAAUUGGCAUUUUAUGGAACAUGAACAACAAGAGACUCGACCCGAAGAGCGAUUCGCGUUAUACCAUCCGAGAAGAGAUUUUGGCUAAUGGUGUUUUAUCUGACCUUAGUAUCAAGAGAACUGAAAGGAGUGACUCGGCUUUGUUUACCUGUGUUGCAACGAAUGCUUUCGGCAGCGAUGAUACCAGCAUCAACAUGAUUGUUCAAGAGGUACCGGAAGUUCCUUAUGGUCUUAAAGUAUUGGAUAAGUCUGGACGUUCGGUUCAAUUGUCAUGGGCAGCUCCAUAUGACGGAAAUAGUCCUAUUAAACGAUAUGUUAUCGAGUAUAAAAUCAGCAAGGGCUCCUGGGAAACCGAUAUCGAUAGAGUACUUGUGCCUGGCUCUCAACAAAACGUAGCUGGUGUGUUCAAUCUGAGACCUGCCACGACUUAUCAUCUUCGUAUUGUAGCUGAGAACGAAAUUGGGACGUCUGACCCAUCUGACACCGUAACUAUCAUCACUGCCGAAGAAGCUCCAAGUGGCCCACCAACUUCCGUCCGAGUCGAUGCUCUUGAUCAACAUACUCUCAAGGUAACCUGGAAACCACCCCCACGUGAAGACUGGAACGGCGAGAUUCUUGGCUAUUAUGUCGGCUACAGGCUUUCAUCCUCAGACAAACCAUACAUGUUCGAAACCGUUGAAUUCUCUAAGGAAGAUGGAAAGGAACAUCACUUGCAGAUCAUGAAUCUUAAGACCUAUACUCAAUACAGCGUCGUUGUUCAAGCAUUCAAUAAAGUUGGUUCUGGACCGAUGAGCGAGGAACGAAGACAACAUACGGCCGAAGGUGUACCCGAGCAACCACCCCACGAUACGACUUGCACUACUCUCACUUCGCAAACUAUCAGAGUUUCAUGGAUGUCGCCCCCUCUUAGUGCUGCAAAUGGUGUUAUUACUGGUUACAAGGUCAUUUACGGUCCAUCUGAUACCUGGUAUGAUGAGAAUACGAAGGAUACCAAGAUCACCUCCUCCAGCGAAACCAUUUUGCACGGCUUGAAGAAAUACACGAACUACAGCAUGCAAGUUUUGGCCUUUACCUCUGGUGGCGAUGGCGUUAAAUCUGCACCGAUUCACUGCCAAACUGAACAAGAUGCCCCUGAAGCACCAAUCGCCGUAAAAGCACUCGUCAUGUCUCCUGAAUCGAUUCUUGUUUCCUGGCGCCCACCAAAUCAACCAAAUGGAGUAAUAUCACAAUACACUGUUUACACUAAAGCCGACAAUGUAGAAGAACCAACUAGUCAGAAAGUACCACCAAAUCAAUUAACUUAUGAAGCUACUGGACUUGACAAACAACGUAGAUACGAAUUCUGGGUAACUGCUAGCACGAACAUUGGUGAAGGAGAAGCUUCUAAGAUUGUGACAUUGGGACCAAGUGUACGAGUACCGGCCAAGAUUGCAUCAUUCGACGACAAAUUCACUGCGACUUAUAAGGAAGAUGUAAAGCUACCCUGUCUUGCUGUUGGCGUACCUCUACCGGAAGUAACAUGGAAAGUACGUGGCUCCGUUCUUCAACCCAGCGACAGAUUGAGACAAUUACCUGAAGGAUCUCUGUUCAUCAAAGAAGUGGACCGUGCCGAUGCUGGAGAAUAUUCAUGCUAUGUUGAGAACUCUUUUGGACAUGAUACCGUUACUCACCAACUCAUCGUUAAUGCUCCACCACAUUCACCACAAGUCACUCUUACUGCUACUACCACUAAUUCGCUUACGAUGAAAUUACGACCUCACCCAACUGACAAUGCACCUAUUCAUGGAUAUACGAUUCACUACAAACCUGAAUUUGGCGACUGGGAAACUGUUCAGAUUAGUUCUACGGCGCAGAAAUAUACUUUGGAAAACUUAUGGUGCGGCUCUCGAUAUCAGAUCUAUGUUACGGCUUAUAAUGGCAUUGGCACUGGCGAUCCAUCAGAUAUUUUGAACACUCGUACCAAAGGAUCUAAACCCAUCAUUCCUGAAGCAGCAAGAUUUAUUGAAGUAUCUACCAAUAGCAUCACCCUUCACUUGAGCGCUUGGUCUGACGGUGGCUGCCCCAUGUUAUACUUUGUCGUUGAGCAUAAGAAGAAGCAUCAGCAAGAAUGGAAUCAGGUAUCGAACAAUGUUAAACCAGGCGGUAAUUUCGUAGUUUUGGAUUUGGACCCUGCUAGCUGGUAUCAUCUUCGUGUUACGGCUCAUAAUAAUGCCGGAUUCGCGGUAGCCGAGUAUGAAUUUGCGACUUUGACUGUAACUGGAGGUACGAUUGCUCCGCCGGUACGUAACGAUGAUAACAAGAAUACCGACGUCAGACAUUAUUUCCCAUGGUUACCGAGUUGGCUCGAUGUUAACGUUGUAGUACCGGUUGGAGCUACGAUCGUCGUCAUUAUCGUAGGAAUUGUCGUCAUUUGUGUCGCAUUGUCUAGACGAACCCGAGGCCCGGAACAAACACGGCUGCGAGGUAUCUCUUCAGCCGACGAGAAAUAUUACGAGGGACAAUAUGACGUAGUAUAUCAACAAACCGGUGUUGGUGGCGCUACACUCGACAAACGCAGGCCUGACCUCCGAGACGAAUUAGGAUACAUCGCACCCCCGAACCGCAAACUUCCACCUGUUCCUGGUUCCAACUAUAACACCUGCGAUCGCAUCAAGCGAGGUACAGUGAUAAGUACGACAGGUUCGUUGAGAAGCCACUCAACGUGGGAUCCAAGGAGGCACAUGUAUGAGGAAUUAAAUCAUUGUGCACCAAGCAGAAGGUGCCCACCUCCACCGCGUAUGGGCAGUUCGGAGGGUCUCUCUCACAGAGGCAUGGAAGAUGAGAUCUGCCCGUACGCCACUUUCCACUUAUUAGGAUUCCGUGAAGAAAUGGACCCGAGCAAGGCUAUGCAAUUCCAGACUUUCCCUCAUCAAGGAAAUGGACAUUCCGGAACUAUGGGACCACCAGUUGGACAUCCGACUAACGCUUCUGCUCACAGUCGCUCUGGAUCUCAAUCUAUGCCCCGUCAGAACGGUCGAUACUCUAGAGUACCAUCCCAAGGAGGUGGCAGCGGAACACACGUUUUCUCUCCCGAAUAUGAUGACCCUGCUAACUGCGCUCCCGAAGAAGAUCAAUACGGCUCUCAAUAUGGACAAUACGGUGCUCCUUACGAUCAUUAUGGAUCUCGUGGAUCGGUUGGCCGUCGUAGCGUUGGAUCUGCUCGUAACUUACCCGUCUCUGGAUCACCUGAACCACCACCACCACCACCAAGGAACCAUGAUCAGAACAACUCCAGUUUCAACGACAGCAAGGAAAGCAACGAGAUUAGCGAAGCUGAAUGUGACCGUGAUCAACUUGUCAACCGCAACUAUGGCGUGAAUGCUCGCGGCAAGGACGGCAUGACCACCGAGGAGAUGCGUAAACUCAUAGAGAGGAAGCCAAACGAAGCCACCGGCCGGCAAACCGGCAGCCCCCACGGCGGUCACGGGGGACUCCUCACACCCUACGAUACUGUGGCAGUGUAACCUGUAAAUCCAUCAUCAUCCAUGGUCUUCCGACUCUCUCGUUGACUGCGACCGAAGAUUCGAGAGAAACGGAAACGAAGCGCACGCUAACUCUUCCCCCGGUGCUGUCGUCGGUCCAAUUUGCAACGAUUUUAACGAUUUAAAAAAGAAAAAAAAGGAAAAACCAAAAAAAAAAACAAAAAAAGAAAAAAAAGAUCACAAAAUAACAUCGUCGCGAGUAGAUUCCAGAAUUCGAUGAAUUAAAUUUUACAAGGGUUGUGCACACGUUUAUCAGAUGUACGUACGUACGUACGAGACAACGAGCAUCGUCCUCGCGACGAGGACCACCUCCUUCGGCCGUUCUUGACCAUAUCUCGAAUGACUUCUAUAUUCUCGUUGGCCUUAUCUCUUUGUUUCUUCUCUCAUUUAGAUUUCUUCUAAUUUUUUUCUUUCUUUUCCCUUUUCUUUCAUUUAUUAGCAUUGAUUUUCGCUCAUUAUUUCAUCAAAGGCCAGACUCGAAACUGCCUCUCUAAUUGACUGCCUAACGAGGACGAAGGAGGUCGAAAGGUCGACGGCUAGAGAAAUGAAGAUAAUAACAAUCGAUCAGCGAGUUCGUCACACAAGAGUUGUCUCUUCUCAGAUCUCACGCGUUUCGUGACACCCGGCACAGGUUCGCGGACGCUCUCGUACGACAGCGAAACAAAACGAAAUAACAAUAAGGAAAUAGCAUACAAACAUAUAGGAAACGCAUAUAUGAAAAAAAGAAAAAAAAUAGUAAAAAGACAAAAAAAAAAGCAACAACAACAGGAAAAGAUCGCGGGAAAAAAGAAAAGAGAAGCGUGCUCUCGGCGACGGUUCAUUUUCCGGGGGUUUUACGCGGGAAAUCCUAGGUUAAAGGUCAUGUCUCGUUCUAUUGGACGCAUCGAGACGAUAAUAUGAGAUUAGUUACUCGCUUUUAAGUCAUGGUUGUGCCACACUGCCGCUACCCGCAGGCAUAUAUACAUAUAUACGUUACAUAUAUGUACGUACAUAACAUAUAACGGAUAUAACGGAUAUAUACAUAAUAUACGAUUUAUAAUUUCGUAACGAAGGUUGUGUCCCCCCGGGGGUCGAAGAUAUAUCGAGUCUCAAUGUCGCGGAGAGCAAGUGUAGAGAUCGUCGUGUCGUCAUCGUCGUCGUCGUCGUCUUCGUCGUCGUUUUCGUCGUCGUCGUCGUCGUCGUCGUCGUCAUCGUCCGUUGAGCAGAAACGAUGAGAAAGAAAAAUGAAAGAAAUCCAAAUUGAAAACUCUCGCCGAUAGACUUAUCCGAAGGAAGAACGCGGCACGCCAUCGGAAACAUGAUAAAAAAAAAAUAAUAAUAAUAAAUAAACAAAUAUAAUCCUCAUUACGUACUCUCUUUACAGGCUACGCGCACAUAAAAACACAUUUACACUCACAUUGAAUCUCUCGCAAUACACAAGUUUCACAUACAAGCUACACUUGCUGUCGGUUUUUAAUCGUCCUAACAUAAAAAAAAAUUAUAUAUAUAUACAUAUAUAAAUACGUGUAUGAUGUGAAUUCGAUGCGUGUAUACGUAUUUAUAAAUCUACGCGUAUUAUGUAUUACUGAUAAUUAAUUAGUCCGCUCUAAUUACACCUAUAUUAGCCGCGCUAAAUUUUUUGCUCGAGUCGAAGUUCGAAGGAUAACGCGACGAUGAUUAUUAGAGACGUAAUAAGCGAGUCGAAUAAGUAACAAAGCAUAACGAGUGAAUAAAUAAAAGAAACGUAGAUAGGCAUUAAGUUGGACGGAUGGUCGCGAGACGAUAAUCACCGUUUCUCUCACGCAGCCUAACGAUGUGUCGAUCAUCGUCGAUCGAUAGAGGACCAUCACGUUCGAUAAGAAUAGAGAAGCAAAGUAGAGAAAGGCGAACUUUCCUGGUGAAAGUGUCCUCUCGUAGGAUUACAUAGUGCUUUUCUCAAAAUAUCUAGGCUCUUAGCUAGCUUUCUCAUCUUUCGAACGAUUAAUCUCGUCGAACGAUCGACAUCGCGCAAGGAUGCGAUAGCGGUGCGUGUCUCAUAGCUUGUUUUUAUCACGUCACUAUUUCUAGAUAUAUACAUAUAUAAAUAAAUAUAAAUAUAUAUAUACAUCUAUAUAUAUAUAUAUAUUUAUAUGAUUAACGUAACAUAUACAUACGUUGUAAGUAGGAUAUCUCUAGGUGUCGCGUUCAUUUGCCGAGGCGACGAUACGAGACGGACACCGGUUGGCCGAUAAUUGUAUUAUUAUUAUUAUUAUUAUUACUACGACAACAAAUACUUACUAAUUAUUAUUACAAUUAUUGACAUUAUUAAUGCGCGAAGGAAGAACGUUGUCCCUUUAUCUAUUCUUGUCGUGGACGACGGAAAAAGGAUCUCUUAAGCCCUUUUAAUAAAUCCCAAAAAUGUUCAUAUCCCUCUAGGAUACGAUUAGGAAUUUUCCAUAAUAUUCUAAUAUUCGGCCAGCCGGCUCCGACUCGGCGAAGCCGCAGCACUUUACUCAUCGAUGUGAUUUUAGAGGUUUUUGCGCAAAGUCUUGUGUAUGUGUUGUUAUAAUGUAAUAACGAUCACGCUAUAUCAGAUUAAUAUAGCCAUAUUCAAGUCACUUUUACAAAUAACGUAUAUCACGUUUUAAUCACACAAUGCUCGCUGAGCUUUUACGCUUUUAACGCUUUUUCGAAUCUCUAACACUUGAAAAUUAUGAUGAUGAUAAUGAUGAUGAUGAUGCUAAUGUGACGGAAAAAGAAAGAGGAAAAAAAAAAAGAGAAAAGGAAGAAAACGAAAACUUCGCAUAGCCAUACUUUGUAAUCGACCUACACGCACUAACUUAGGCGUUAUACAUAUUUGUCGUCAGUGUUUUAAGAGUAAGCAGGUUUAAGGAAAAUUUGUGAUGAUUGCGAUGUCAUUUAGAUCAUUAAAUGGAUAACUUCUUUCUUUUUGUCAUUAACGACGCGCACUAUCGAAAUCCGAAUGGCAUUUUAUAUGCAACACUUUUUUCCCCCGCAAUGAUUACUUUAAGAAAUGCUGUGAAAACGAUUGCGAUGAUCGAUAGAUCGAUCUAUAUAUAUAUGUAUAUGUAUAUAUCCACAUAUAUAUAUAUAUAUAUGUAUGUGUAGGUCGUGAAAGCUUAAUUGACUGCGUGCAUUUCACACUUUUUCCUUUCUUACGAUAAUAAUGAUAAUAAUAAUAAUAAUAAUAAUAAUAAUAAUAAUGAGCGAACGCGGUUCUUCGAGCUUACUGUGGACGGAGUGUUGUACGUCGUUUUUUCCUGUUACUUCACGAUACUUUUAUUAUCUUUAUUUGUCGUUGUUUUUUCUUCGUUCUAUUAAGUCUAUGUGCUUUUUCUUCUUUGCGUUUCGUUACUGAUAAGAUUAUAUAUUAUGAGAUUUUAUUAUUGAUUCUCGCAUAUCUCCGCGAUUGUAGAGACUCGAGGAUCCGCGCGCGGUAUACCGUUUCCUCAAUGCCCAAUAUUUUAUGUUUUUGUACCAAAGUUGUAGCGUCUAACUUUACGUUAAAUAAAUAAACCGAAAAAACGAA